AACCGGGGAAGCCGGGCGGCGAAGCGGGCAAUUUCAGUGUGAGAAGGAACUGCUAGACCCAGCGGCGCUCUGAGCGCGGCGUGGCGGCUCCGAGGGCGACGCGGCGGCUCCUCCCGCCCGGGGUCAGCGCCCCGGCGCGCGCACGCGCACCCCUGCCUCCCGAGCGCGCCCCGCGCCGCCCGCGCAAUCGGUCGGUCAGUCGUCCGUAGUCCUGCCGCUGCCGCCGCGGGCGCCACCUGAGGGAGCCACCGCCGCUGGACCCAACCGGACCGGCCCGGACCCCGCCGCCCGAAGCCGCCCAGGAGGCUCCAAGUAACUUCGGUUGGCCAGCAUGUUUACACAAACUACUGUUUGAUGUAGCUGCCGUCGUGGUCAGCUGGUAGGACCAGUGUCCCAUGCCCAGAAGCCAGUUCAGAAUGACUGAAGAAGCAUGCCGAACACGGAGUCAGAAAAGAGCACUUGAACGGGACCCGGAGGAGGACGAUGUGGACAGCAAGAAAAUAAAAAUGGAGAGAGGAUUGUUGGCUUCGGAUUUAAACACUGAUGCGGACAUGAGGGUGACACCUGAGCCAGGAGCGGGCCCAGCCCAAGGACUGCUUAGGGGGGCUGAGGUGAUGGCCAUGGGCAGAGGCGAAGGGCAGGCGGGCGAUGGGCCUGUGGACAUGCGCACCACACACAGCGACAUGAAGUCCGAGAGGAGACCCCCCUCACCCGAUGUGAUUGUGCUCUCCGACAGUGAGCAGCCAGCGAGCCCAAGGGUGAACGGCCUGGUGAAGGAGGCCUUGGUGGACACCAGCACUGAGGCCCUCGUGAAAAGCAGUCCUGAGGAACGAGAAAGGAUGAUUAAGCAACUGAAAGAAGAGUUAAGAUUAGAAGAAGCAAAGCUGGUUUUAUUGAAAAAGUUGCGGCAGAGUCAAAUACAGAAGGAAACCACCACACAGAAACCCGCAUGCUCCGCGGGGAGCACUGGGACCACCCCUCCCCCACUUGUGCGGGGCGCCCAGAACAUUCCUUCCGGCAAGCCUUCAGUUCAGACCUCGACAACACGAAUGCCCAGCGGUGUUAUCCCACCACCCCUGGUCCGCGGCGGGCAGCAGGCACCCUCGAAGCUGGGGCCACAAGCGAGCUCACAGGUCGUCAUGCCUCCGCUCGUCAGGGGGGCCCAGCAAAUUCACAACAUCAGGCAACAUUCCAGCACUGGGCCACCGCCGCUUCUCCUGGCCCCGCGGGCAUCCGUGCCCAGCGUGCAAAUCCAGGGACAGAGGAUCAUCCAACAGGGCCUCAUCCGCGUCGCCAACGUCCCCAGCACUGGUCUGCUCGUCAACAUCCCACAGCCCUCCCCAGCGUCAAUGAAAGGGAUGACCACCACCUCUGCUCAGGCCAGCUCCACCCCCACCAGUGUGGCCUCUGUGGUCACCUCUGCUGACUCUCCAGCCAGUCGGCAGGCGGCCGCCAAGCUUGCGCUGCGCAAACAACUGGAGAAGACACUGCUUGAGAUCCCCCCUCCCAAACCCCCUGCCCCGGAGAUGAACUUCCUGCCCAGCGCAGCCAACAAUGAAUUCAUCUACCUGGUUGGCCUGGAGGAGGUGGUACAGAACCUGCUGGAGACACAAGCAGGCAGAAUGUCAGCCGCUGUCGUGCUGUCCCGGGAGCCCUACAUGUGUGCGCAGUGCAAGACUGACUUCACGUGCCGCUGGCGGGAGGAGAAGGGCGGCACCAUCAUGUGUGAGAACUGCAUGGCAUCCAACCAGAAGAAGGCACUCAAGGUGGAGCACACCAGCCGGCUGAAGGCUGCCUUCGUUAAGGCGCUGCAGCAGGAGCAGGAGAUCGAGCAGCGCCUCCUCCAGCAGGGCGCUGCACCCACACAGGCCAAGGCCGAGCCUGCCACCCUGCACCCUGUGCAGAAGCAGGUCAUAAAACCCAGGCGUAAGUUGGCGUUCCGCUCAGGAGAGGCCCGCGACUGGAGUAACGGGGCGGUGCUACAGGCCUCCAGCCAGCUGUCCCGGGGCUCGGCCACAACACCCCGAGGUGUCCUACACACGUUCAGCCAGUCGCCCAAACUGCAGAACUCAGCCUCAGCCACAGCCAUUGUCAGCAGGACCGGCAGACAUUCCGAGAGAGCUGUGGGCAUCGGCAAGGGCAGCACCACCUCCAGCUGGAAGAAGGCACCUCUCAGUACAGGUGGGGCUCUUGCCUUUGUCAGCCCAAGUUUGGCAGUGCACAAGACCUCCUCAGCUGUGGACCGCCAGCGGGAGUACCUCCUGGACAUGAUCCCACCACGUUCCAUCCCCCAGUCGGCCACGUGGAAAUAGUGUGAGCCAGGCCCAGUGGAGAACAGGCUCCCUCCUCCCUCCCACCUGGCCUGCCACCCUCCCUUCGGGAAGACCGGGAAGACCAUGUGCUCCCCAAGCGAGCCAGCGCAUGACUGCCCAUUGCGCUGCAGGAGCCAGAGCCCUGUUCUUGGCUGCAGAGUUUAGUGGCCGCCGAUGGGCCGCUUCACAGGUGGACAAGGAUCAUCCCUGGGGACCUUUCCCGUGGGCUUUCUUCCUUCCUUUGCCUUUAGUUUGCCCAACACCAGCAGAAAAGUGGACCUUGGGGGCCGGCUAUGUCCCAGCCCUCCCCUUGGGCCCCAGCAGGGUGCGUGGACAGCUCCCCCUGGACACUGUGACAUGCUCAGGUGACCUGGCCGGGGCAUCUGAAGGCCAGCAGAGUGUUCUGUCUGCGUCCGCUCCUCCUGAGUCUCUCGAUCUCUGCCUGCCUUCCUUCACGGCAAUCUCUAGGUUGACGGAUUUUCUUUUUUUUUAAUCACCUCACGGUGAUGGAAUUUAAACUGUGCAGACCUGGGGUUCCUGCUGAGCACGGCCCCGCUCCCCGGAGGGUGGGCCGCUGACUGCCCAUCCCCAGCCCCCACAGAAGCCUCUGCUGCUGCUCAUCCCAGAGACCCCCACCUCUCCACACGCAGUGGAAGAACUGCGACAGAUCCAGCCAGAGAGCCCAGAUCAUGGAGUCAGCGGCCCCUCGCUCAGCCUGAGCAGAGAGUCGGAGGGGUGGGCUCUUGUGUUUUUUUGUUGUGGUUUGUUUUAUUAAACUUUUCCUUCUCUUUUCCUACUUUGAUGGACAAUAUCCUAAGCUACCCUGGCCUGUGCUCCCAUCAGGCGAAGUGCCCUUGCCCGACCCCAAACUUGAGGGUUUCCUUCUGGGUCUAGUUGAGAACUUUCCCUUAGAGCAGGGCCGUGCUGCCAGGGUUCACCAUCAGAUUUGUUUUCUUAUACCCUCUUUGGAGUCUGCAGAAAUGUCUUAACAAAGGAUCGAUCGGUCUGCUCUUAGUUGUUUUGUUUUGGUUUCCCCUUAAAAAUCAGGUCCAUGACGACAGGCAGAGGCUGUCGUGUGUGCUGCGCAUGGGGCCGGCUCCGUGCAGCUGUGAGGGUGUUCCGCGUAUGCCCCCGAGUCAGUGGGACAUGCCACCCCCCACUUCAGCCCCUUCCCUGGUUUUCCUAUCCAUGCAAUUAGGGACUUAAUUUAAAACCCUUAUUUCGUAGGGCUACCUUCGAACACACUGCUGCAACAUUCUAAUAAAGACUCAUUUAACCUCA